AAAGAGUAGGAAAUGUUUUGGGAAUGAGCUGGAAUUUGGCAGGGAGAGUAGGGAGGGCACAUAAAGUAAGUGGGAUAUGAUUCAGCAUUGUAUUACUCUCAUGGAAAAUGAAUGUAAAUAUUCCCAAGAUAAAUACAACCCCAAAGAGACCCUAGCUUUGUUUACUCUCGUGCGUAUGUAUUCAUAGUCUCUCUUUCUCUUUCUGUCUGUACAGCUGUACCUUAUCAACAUUUGGCUUAGCGCUGUCUUACACAAUCAAGCAAUACAGCUCCCCCCUUCACUCCCUUUCCCCCCACCCCAUUUCCUCUUGGCCAAUGUUCCCACUCUCAAAACCUUUUUCAUUUACCUCCAUGUUGCUCCAUGCAUUUCCCCUAUUCCCCAAAGUGUGAUAUCCUUUGUAUUUAGAGAACUUAAGCUAAAAGCAGUAUUUAAUUUUAGAGGUAUCAUUCUAUAUGUUCAGUACUGAUGAGGAUCAGUGAGGCUCAUUCGGACUUAGUUUCUCAGUAUCUCUGCACAGUUAAAGUUGUAAUGAUGGGAGGCAGUUCUGCCUGAUUUGCUCCGACACAGGCUUAUUCGACCCCCUAUUUGAGGUUCAAAAGCUGUUGCUCCCCCCUCUCUAUUGUAGUUGUCUCUGUCCAUAUAUCCUUCUUUGUAAAUAACUACACAUGUCCAUCCGCAGGUUAGCGUUUUUCAUCGUGAAUCUUCCUCGGGAGGCAGCUCUGCAGAGUGGUCACUUGCUGGCACAUUUUGAAAGUCAUAAAAUCUGAUUUGAAACCUAACCUUAACCACGGUGCUGACCCAAAUGCCUAUCCCUAACAUAUUUUUGUUUUCAUGAAUGUUUACAAUUUUGCAGCUGCUAUCUAAGGGGAAAUCUCUCAGUUCUGCCUCCAGGACAAGACAUCAACCUGUUGUCCAUCCAUGUCUAUGUGUAUUUGAGGAUGUGACAAUAAAAUUUGUUCUAGGGCCAAUUCAACAGCUGUAAUCAAAUCCCCAACCCUACCCUCCUCUCCAAGUCCCAGACUCCAAGCAUCUUGUCAGCUUGAGGAAGUACCCCUGUAUUUUGUUAAACUCUCCUGUGGCCUUCCUGCCCCUCCCUCCCCCUCUCCUCCACUCCUCUCCAAUAGAAUAAAGCUACAGACAAAUAAACGUCCCUGGUCCCUCCGUUUUCACAUGAGCCGGAAAUUCCAUGGCGCUUAGGCCUUUUUUACGGCUGGACUGAAUUACCCUAUGUGUUGUUCUGGGAUUCCUGUGAGUUACACUCAAAUGAUGUAGUAGUUAGAUAAACGUAGGUCCCGAAUGCAGAUAUACUCAGUCAUUAUAGUCAUGUUUCUAAUAAUGUAUUUACUCUCCUAUUUAGGAAUAGUCCUAAAUCCUGUCAAGGUCACAGAUUAUUGGUAUUUAUCACUAUUUUCUUGAGCAUUAUGGCAUUUAAUAGUUUCAUCUUGGCUUCUAGUUGGCUGGGUAGAAAUAUCUACAUAAUGCUUCCAUAUAUCCCAUCCUCUCAGAUCAACAGAGGUGUCUGGGGAAUACGGGCUAGGAGUUGAUUUGGAACUCACCAGACCACCUCUGGAUUGUGUGAAAAUGUGCUACGCCACAGAACUGACGCACUUGCACACUACCUGUUGCACCUCUCUCUUCCCCCCACGUGGUGUAGCUCUUGUGCUAUUGGUAACAUGACACAAGUUUAGCCCACCAUUAUUAUGUCAAUGUCUAAUCUUGCAACCUGUGUGCAUGCGUUAAAACGUGUGUGUGUGUGCGUGCCUGUGUGCGAGAGAGAGAAAGAGAGAGAGUCAGAGAGGGCUACAAAACCACACAAAGUGCCUUUUGGUGGGAUUGUGUCUGGAGAGUCUUUACAAGUUUGGAUAUAUAAUUGUCUACCACAAUUAUACAUAAACAACCAUAACAGUUUAGAAAAUUCGUGAUGGUUAACAUGCAAUGUUAGGACCAUUUUGACUUGCCCCCAGAAAAUACAUAUCUAAUUCCCAAUCCUGGGGAAAUUUCUUCACUCUCCCCUCCCAGAUCUGACCAAUCACAGAGUGGAAUUCCAGUCAUUCAAUUCCACAAUAGCCUUUCCUUUAAUGGCUCCACCCACAGCGACAGAGCAGAGGGGGACUAAAAGAAACAAGGCAACCUUUAGUUGCAAACUAUGUUUUGAGGACUUUUUGGAGAUGUAAGAGAACUUUUGAACUAAAAAGUCUAACUCGGAUCUAUGCCUGGAGGCGUAGAUUUAAAGGAAAAAGAAAUGAAUAAGACGGGCAAGGAAGAGCCCCAUGUCUUCAAGGAGAAGACCUUUAGGAAGAGGCGUCAGUGUGGGGUGUGUCGUCAGAGUGUGGACAGCACAGGGUCCUUCUGUCGAGUGUGUAAAACAGCCACUCACAAGAAAUGCGAGGCAAAGGUGACCACAGCAUGCAUCCCAGCUCCAUCUGAGCUGCAGCGCAGAGGGACAGCUCCAUCCCGACACGUCCAACACCUGGGUUCCACAAAGUCUCUGACUUACACCAAACAGAGGACCACCCUCCCCAGGAGUUUCAGUGUGGACCGUGUGAUGGAAAGAGUCAUGGAGGGCCACUAUGACUUUGACCUGACCUACAUCACUGAGAGGAUCAUCUCUGUGUUCUUCCCCCCUCUGCUGGAUGAGCAGCGCUACCGUCUCAACCUCAAGGAGGUGACUGCCAUGCUCAGGUCCAAGCACCAGGACAAGUUCCUGCUCUUCAAUCUCUCUGAACGACGCCAUGACAUCACCCGCAUGAAUCCAAAGGUCCAUGACUUCGGCUGGCCUGACCUCCAUGCCCCUCCCCUGGACAAGAUCUGUGCCAUGUGUAAGGCCAUGGAGACUUGGCUGACCUCUGACCCUCAGCAUGUGGUUGUCUUGCACUGCAAGGGCAACAAGGGCAAGACAGGAGUGAUUAUUGCAGCCUACAUGCACUACAGCAAGAUCUCUGCAGGGGCAGACCAGGCCCUUAGCACACUGGCCAUGAGGAAGUUCUGUGAGGAUAAAGUCUCGUCCUCCCUCCAACCGUCCCAAAACAGGUAUAUCUACUACUUUGGGGGGCUCCUCUCUGGGGCGAUCAAGAUGAACAGCAACCCACUGUUCCUCCACCAGGUCCUCAUCCCCACACUCCCUAACUUCCAGAGUGAAGGAGGUUACUUUCCCUUCCUGAAGAUCUACCAGUCCAUGCAGCUGGUCUACACCUCAGGGAUAUAUGACUUGCAGGGUUCCGGGGGCCGAAGACUGUGUGUGACCAUUGAGCCUGCAUUGCUGCUGAAGGGAGACAUCAUGGUGAAGUGUUACCACAGACGGGCCCAGAGUGCAGAGAGGGACACAGUGUUCAGACUGCAGUUCCACACCUGCACCAUCCACGGGGCACAGCUGUGGUUCGGCAAGGGGGAGCUGGAUGAGGCCUGUACUGAUGAACGAUUUCCCUCGGAUGCAACUGUAGAGUUUGUCUUUUCCUCUGGACCAGAGAAGAUCAAAGGGCGUGAGUACCAGAGGAAUGACCCUGCUGUCACAGUGGACUACAACACAGCUGACCCAGUGGUGCGCUGGGACUCCUAUGAGAACUUCAACCAGCGCUACCAGGACAGUCUAGAAGACAUAGCCCACACCAGGGGUCCAGUGGAUGGCAGUCUGUACGCCCAGAUAAAGAAACGUCGUUCAGGCCCAGGUUCAGGCUCCCUGACCUCCACCAAUGGGAGUCCAGCAGGCACCAGUGAGGAGAGGCCGAGUCAGAACCAGCUCCUCUCCCCUAGCUCUGACUCUCUCAAUCACUCCGGCCUCACUAGCCACUCCGGCCACUCUUCCCACUCUGCGGCCCACCCAGAGCAUCCAGAAGAGCCCAGAAGGCCCCCGCCCCCCACUCGGCAGGAGAGGGAGGAGCUGGAGCGCAUGCUGGGGGGCAUUGAGGGGGAAAGGGACGGCCAAGACAGGGAGAGGGAGACUGCCAUCCUGGAUGACGGGGACUCGUCCUCUCCCUCUGAGCGUACAGGUACUCUGAGGCUGGGCCGCUCCUGUUCCUGCCGGGUGGGCUACCGCUCCCAGCACUGUGCCGAGCCCGGUUGUGACCGACUCCACCUCAUGCCCAACAGCUACUGCCUGGACAGAGCCCCGUGCACCAAUGGUCAUCCUGGGGCACCGCCCUCGGCUAACCCUGCCACCGCCCCCUCACACAUGGACCUGUGCCAGCACUACAGUCCGCACCCUCACCCGGCCCUGCCUCCCCCUGACCUGGUGUGGGACCGCCAGCAGGGCCCGCCACAUUACCUGCACCGCUCCUGCUCUGAGGGACCCUCUCAUCACCCCUCUCUGUGCCCCUAUCCAUCCCAGGAGCUGACCCCUCACCCCCACUCCCUUCCUCCCGGGCGCCUGCUCUGUAGAAGUGAUGACUAUGGUCCGUACCAUCACCCUCCCUCACACACCCAUCACCACCCUCACCACAUCAAGUCCUCCGGCCCCUACCACGACAUGCUGCUGCUGGACGGUCUGCCACCCCCUGGCUGCCCCUGCCGGGACUGCCUCAUCAGGAGGGAGGACUCAGCCUUCCGUGGUCUGCGGCUGGAGCGAGGAGAGAGCUUCCACUGGGACAGAGAGACAGAGCUGCAGCAUCGUGAAGCAGGGCUGAGGAGGGGGAGGGAGUCUGAGCUGCCCAGGGGGGUAGAGAUGCACUGGGAGAGGGAGGCAGUGGGACUGAGAAGAGGCAGGGAGAUGUCACUGCAUUGGGACAGGGAGGCAGAGCUCCAAUGGGAGAGAGAGAGAGAAGCAGACUAUUGGCACAGGAGGGCCACAGUGUCUUCCUAUGGGCCCCAGGGACACGAGCUCCCUGCCUUCACUUUUGACCCCCUGCCGUCAGGCCACCCUGCGUACCCAGAGCCGUCUCGCUCCCACGCCCACUCCCACCUGGAUCUGAAGUACAGCAGCAGCAGUAGUGGCUACCAGACCCCCCACCAGGCCUACCCCUGCUCCCCCUACCAGCCUUCCCCCUCUGAAAGUAGGGGCUAUGCCUCAGGCUACCAGUCUGAGUCUACCUCCCCUCUGCCCCCUCCUUCCACCCUGUCAAGCCCCUGCAGCCACACCACAGGGCCAGCAGACCACCACCCUGAAGCCCACCCUCAGCAGUACCUCUCCGACAGCCAGACAGAUGGAAGGGGGAUGAGUGAGAAUGUGGGUUGGAGAGACCACAUCUCCCAGGGUUCCUUCAAGAGGAUGCAUCGAGAUGUCCAUGUCCCGUGUUCCACGCCUUAUGACCGCUCUGGGCCACCCACUCCUGUUCAUACCAGCAGCCCUCUGCGCACACAAGAAAGGCCCAGUCUAGGUGUACAAGGGAAUGAAGUUCGAUCGACUGACAUAGUCAACAGUGACUUUGAAUCUGCCCAGUCCCAGGUUAGGCCCGAUAGUACUGCUGCUCAAGUAUCUCAGCUCAACCAGCAAAACAUCCCUGACCCCUCACAGUCUUCAUCCGUGACACCCACACCUUCCCCCACCCAACUCAACAGCCACUGCACCACACCGACACAUCCACCCUCACCCAACCAGCCCCAGAACCACUGUACCACACUCUCACCUACAACCAGCCAACCCAGCAACCACUGUCUCCCCGUAUCACCCACUCAGACCCCCCCUGAGAAAGUUAGCCCACCUGGUCCAGAGACAACCCUUCCUACAGAGACUGCUGCACUGCCUCCUCUUACCCAGCACCAGCCACCCCUUGCCCAGCACCAGCCACCCAACCUCAACUCUGCAGCUGGCACAACGGAACUUGCCCAGCACCAGCCACCCAACCCCAACUCUGCAGCUGGCACAACAGGACCCUGCCCAGCUCAGGGCCAGCUGAAUGGAGCAUGUCCACCCAGGGAGCUGAACCCAGAGGUCCCUAAAUCCAUCUCCACCCCCACUAAGGCCCCUUCCUCUCCCCAGCCUCUCAUCAGCAGUCUGGAGGGCUCCCCCUCCUCAGAACCUCCUGUGCCUGGCUUCGCCACCCUGGGCCGGAGGCUUAUGCUGGGCACAGAGUCCCCAGGACCCCUGCAGCAUUACCCUGGCAUGGAGGGCAGUGCCAGUGGGCACUCUUCAGCCCCUGAGGGACAUGACACCCCCACCUUCCCCACCUCUGCCACUGGCUGCUGUGCCCAAUCUGCCCCCCAUAUGCCAUACUCGGGCUACACUGCUGUCACCAUCCCCCAGCCCCCACUCCCAGAGAAACGGCGGCAGUCUGCCCGGCCAGGAUCACCUAAUGGCGGGGUGGGUACACUGAGGCCCUCCCUCUCACAGCACCAUGUCACCUUCUCUCCAAUGGUGGGGGAGAUGGCACCCCCUGCAAGCCAAGGAGAAGGAAUUAUAUCUCUGGAAGGAGAGAUGGCAGGCAGAGUCAGUGUUAAGUUUGUCCAGGACAGCUCACGCUUCUGGUACAAGCCUGGCAUCUCCAGGGACCAAGCCAUAGCUGCGCUGAAGGAGAGAGAACCAGGGGCGUUUCUUAUCCGGGACAGCAACUCCUUCCAGGGUGCCUAUGGCCUGGCACUGAAGGUGGCCAUCCCGCCCGCUAACGUCAACAACCACAGCAGCAAAGCCAAUCCAUUAGAGCAGCUGGUGCGACACUUCCUGAUUGAGACGGGCCCCCGUGGAGUGAAGAUUAAAGGAUGUCAGAAUGAGCCCCAUUUUGGGAGUUUGUCUGCAUUGGUGUACCAGCACUCCAUCACCCCCAUUUCUCUACCCUGUUCCCUACGGAUCCCAGAAAAAGAUCCCAUUGGAGAAAUGCAGGCACUGCAGUCGACUGCCAGUAACAUGAGCACUGCUGCCGACCUGCUGAAACAGGGUGCAGCCUGCAACGUGCUCUACCUGAAUUCUGUGGAGACUGAGUCACUGACUGGACCACAGGCCAUCUCCAAGGCAACCGGAGCCACGCUGGCACAAAACCCCCAGCCAGCGGCCACAGUGGUCCACUUUAAAGUGUCUUCACAGGGUAUCACACUGACUGACAGCCAGCGCAGGGUGUUCUUCAGGAGACACUACCCAGUCAACAGUGUGACUUUCAGCAGUAUCGACCCCCAGGACAGGAGGUGGACUAAUUCAGACAGAACAACAUCUAAGGUGUUUGGGUUUGUAGCCAAGAAGCCAGGCAGCAUGGCAGAAAAUGUGUGUCAUCUGUUUGCUGAGCUCGACCCGGAGCAGCCAGCCUCUGCCAUUGUCAACUUCAUCAACAAGGUGAUGUUAGGGCCGCAGCGCAGGUAGAGAACCAAGCCAAAGACCCGUCACCGGUGUUACACUGUCAACAGUGUUACAACUCCCAAAGAGGAGGCUUCAAAACAAAUGCUUUUACAGACCCACAAAGCACCAUUGGCGGUGGUCUCUACUUAGUUUUGGAACCAAAAGGCUCAACAUUUCAAACAUGACUGGCAUUUUGAAUUAUAGUCCAAAUGCAUUAGUUGUUUAAAUGUCUAAUGUCUAAAAAUGCCUUAAAGGUCCAAUGCAGCCAUUUGUUUUAUCUCAAUAUCAAAUCAUUUCUGGGUAUCAAUUAAGUACCUUAUUGUAAUUGUUUUCAAUUAAAAUUGUAAAAAAAAAAUGUUUCUCAGCAAAGAGCGAUUUUUCAAGCAACAAUUUUGCUAGAACUGUCUGUGAGUGGUCUAAGCUGAAAACUGAAAAACUAGCUGUUAUUGGCAGAGAAGUUUGUAACUCUCUUAUUUGUCAAUUAACAAAUGAAUCGCCUUGUGAUGUCACCAGGCAGGCCAAAACUUGAUUCCACCAUUAUAGGCGGAUAUUUCAGGCGGUCCUUUCAAACAGCUCUUAAACUAAAAAGGCAUUUAUCAUUUUCACAGUAUUAUUCCAACCUCAGUGUGGAAAUACAUAUAAAACACAGGAAACCUAGUUUUUAACAGCACUGGGCCUUUAAUUUCCUAUUACCUUAAAGUUACCAAAGCCUUGUCGUCACUUGCUAGUAGGCUACAGUAGAAAGUAAAAGUGAAUGUGAGAAAUGUCUUGUAAUGUGCAAGGGAGUAUGUGGUUAGGGUAUCAGUGUGUGUAGAGGCUAGGGCACAAAUAUGGUCAGUACUAGAGAUAAUGGGGUAUUGUUAUGUUGUGUUCACAUGUACGUUCGUAUGAAUUGUACUCUAGAAAGAAAAGUUUGUAGUAACCAAGGAAUAAUGGUGUGCCGCACCAAUGCCGUCUCUAAUGUAUUGUAUUUAUACCUAUGGCUUUUCCUGUUAAGAGCAAUACACAAUAUUGCCGCAAAUAGUCAUUUUGUUCUAUUCCACAAUUUUUUUGUGGGUCAAUUAUCUAGAAUAUGGGGCAAAUACUAGUCCUUAUUAUACUGUAUAACAUUGAGAAAUGUAUUCAAAUGUUAAAAACAAGACAAGAAUAAGUCACAAUAUCAAUGUAACUCCCAUAUAUAUUUUUACCUGUAUGACUUUAUGUACAAAGUUAACACACAAAGCAGACAGUUGUCUAAGGUCCUAUGUACUUAACAAAGACGGAGCACUCCUGUAUUAAGAUUUAAUCUUUCAUAUUUUUAAGCUUCAUGUAUUUGUAUUCUUAGUGUUUUGCAUUGUUUUUGUAAGAAAUAGAAAGACACUACUUUGUAUGACAGCGGUAAUAUAUUGUGGUCUGUUUUCUUAUUGAUCUUUAUAUGUAGUAAUAUAUUUUCUCACAUGCAGCUAGGAAAGGGAGGACAAAAGGAAACAUUUGUAAGAAAAUCUAUGUUAUAUGCUAUUUUUUAAGAAAGCUUUGUAUGCACAAAUGAAGAAUAUAAUAAAACAUUUUAAAAAGUUAAAA